GAUGCAUGGGUCUUCAGUAUCCACAACCCACCUCAGAAUGAUUCUAUGUAGAAUCGCCGAAUGCAGACGCUUGGCCAGGUGCACUUAUGUGCUCACAUGAUCACGGUUUCCAUUCUUUCUACGAUUUGUGCCCACAUCGAUUUGUGACCCCGGUGCGGCCAUCAUGCAGGUGGUUGGGCCAAGACCCACUCGCACCAUCCCAUGUGGCGUCCUCCCCUCUACCCUUCGCCAAAGACCCGAGUGAUGAAUAUGAUGCAAGAGCUGAUGUUUUCGUCCUUAUCUUCGUCACUUAUGAAGUCAGCUCCAUGUCCCGUCUUGUGUCCGACAUUGCCUUCGACAAAUAAAAGAGCUCUGGAGCGGUAAAGCCGUGCACAACCACUCUCAUUAUCAAGCUCAACUUAUUUCUUCUAUUGUUUUAAACAGGGGGAAUCGACUGAGCGAACUUGUAUAUAUGUAUAUUUAUCCUCACAGCUUCAGCAGUAACAGCAGCAGCAGCCACUAUCGGCUUCUUCUCUUGGGCCUCGAAAGACUGAUGCAGCUGAACAUUUCGCGUUGCUAGUGCGUUUGAGAUUCCUUCACCACCGCGCCUACACAGCAUCCACUGGUUUCAGAGCAGUUGGGUUCACCUCCAAGAUGGCCAGAGCGGCAACCGGCGUUAUCCUUCUGGGCCUCCUCGUGGUGGCUUUGUACAGUAGCUCUGAAGCAGCCGUGACGGUCAUCAACAGUGCACUGAUCCCAGUCGACGUCGAAACCAACGGCAACCAUGUGACUGUGAACACAGGAGCGUCUCCCGUGCAUGUUGAUGUGAAUGGCGCCAAGGAGCAGAGAGUGCAGGUCUCCAUGGGCAAAGAUAAGAAGCCCAUCUUCGUCGAUGUCAAGGACGGGGACACUAUUGUCAUCAUCCCUGACUUCCUCGGAGGCGGCACCAUUAAUGUUAACGUGAACGGAGCUGUCAAGGGCCACUUUUAAGCAGGAAAGAUGAGGCAUUUGUCCUCCAAUUACUGUUGGGUGAAACUGCACUUGAUAUGUCUAUAACUUGGAUAAUAGUGCAGGACUCUAGACUCCUGGACACAUAAAACACCAUUGUAACAAACCACCGAAGUAUGUGUAUUUAUGCUAAGACUUUAAGAGUGAAACAGAAUCAGCUUUGCGAGAUUGUAGAAUAAACUGUUGUGUACGUAAAUGUUCAGAGGUAACACAUUUGAAGAUAUUUACAUGCGCAAUCUUCUUGUAUGGAUGAACAGUUCGUGGUAGACAAAGAAUUUUCCUUG